UUAAUCUAAUGCUAUUUUAAUUAAUAUAAUGUAUUUGAUUUAUUAUAAUCUAUGAUUGUGAUUUGUUUUGUACCCCUGAAAAUAUGACUACCUUAAUGAUGUUUCUUUACCUUCUCCUCACUCGUCACUAUAAGCUGAUGAACUGCCUUGUGCUUUUACAUUUUACGCGUCUUUAUAAAGAUGAACUAGGUACUGACCGACUGGGUGAAACUAGUGGAGCAGCUCUUAUUUUUAAGCUGAGAUUCUGAGCCCCUUUCCAGUUGUGGUGGUAUGCAGCGUCACCACUGAGCUGCAGACGGUUUAUUUGGAUUUAUGAGUUCAGAGGUGGGAUUUGUCAGUUCAGCUGUGACCAGGAAAUGCUAAUGAACGAUGGGACUGACUCCUGUUAUAGUUUGUUUUAGUAACUCAUUUUCAAUUCAUUGGGCUGGAACUGAGUCUUAAAGGCUUUGUUUUUGUUAUGAGGAUUUAUAACAAAGAUUAAACAUGUUUUAAAUCUGAUCAGGCACUUUGAAAGCAUCACAGAUUUCCACUUUUUAACCUGUUUUCUCUUUAACUGCAUGUAAGUGUACCUUUUUUUCAGUGGGGGAUAGGAAAUUCUUUAUGCUUGUUUAUUUUUUGUUUUGUUUUAUUUUUUUAUAAAAAAAAAAAUGAAAAACUUGCUGCUAGUUGUUCAUUCUUCAUUUCUUUUAAGGUUGUAUUGUCUUUAUAGAUAUUGGCUUUGACAAAUACCGAGACCCAGAGAGCUCACAUCCCUUUUAUUAUCAACAUUUUUAAGAUCAAAUUUGCAAUUAUUAAAAUAAACAAAACUUUUGUGAACCAUAAAGUGUUCUUUCUGUUAUGAUUAUGCAUGUGUUUAAAUUUGAGGAGGUCCAUCAAUUUUUAAGGUAAUUUCUGUUACAGUUCAUACAGGUAUUUUUUCCUUCAAGGCUUAUUUUUAAGGUAGUGGUGGUUGUAAAUGAAACUGAAAGUUAGAAACGACACAGAUGUCGUAAUGGUUUAUGGGCAGGGCAUGCAAAUUCUACACCCAAUAAAAGGUCUGCCAGCACCUCCAGAGUCAGGUGUGCAAAUCUCAACAAAGUGCUUUUAUGUGUUUCAACAAGUUUUACCUGUCAGUCCUGUCUGCCUGAGGAAAUGAGGUGAUGUUAAAGCUUUUUUCACUGUGUGUUAGAACAGCACAGAUGAGCAAAAAAUACACGGUCUCUUAAUGGCUGAACACACAUCACAAGAUGGUAGGAAUGAACUUAAUGGUUCUCCACUGGACGCUUUGAAACCAGAUGAUUCUACUUGUACAGAAGACACUGAAGAUCAAAACCUGUGGACGAGACCUCUGGCUCGGAAAUGGAUCCCAAUGCUGUUUGUGGGCUCCUGCCUGCUCUACUGUGCCAGGAUGGCCAUGCCAAUCUGUGCCGUCACAAUGGCAGCAGCUUUCCACUGGACCAAGAUCGACUCGGGGCUGGUCCUGGGUGGGUUCUUCUGGGGAUACUGUCUCACACAGAUCCUGGGGGGACAUGCUAGUGACAAGAUGGGUGGGGAGCGUGUGCUGUUAAUGUCUGCUGUUUUAUGGGCGCUGAUCACAGCUGCUACUCCUCUACUGGCUCACCUGGGAUCACACACAGUCUUCUUCAUGUCUACGGCCAGAUUUCUCAUGGGACUGUUUCAGGGUGUUUUCUUCCCAUCUUUGGCGAGCCUGUGUUCCCAGCGUGUGGUCGAAGGGGAAAGAGGGUUUUUGAUGAGCACCAUGCACAGUGGCACUCUCCUUGGGACGUUGUUAGCAGGUGGGCUGGGGUCUCUGCUGCUGGAUCGGUUCGGUUGGGAAAGUGUGUUUUACUGCAUCGGUGCCAUGACUGGAGUAUGGGCGCUCCUCGUUUGGCAGUGUUUAAUUAAAGAUGAACGUACCCCUAAGCGGAUUGAGUCGAGUAAUGACUCACUGUGGAAAAUGCCGAGAACACAGUGGCUGACGCUUUUUAAGAAACCUCCAGUCUGGGCCAUGGUCUUUGCCCACAUGUGCAUUUCCAGCACAUGUUACACUUUGCUUUCAUGGUUGCCGACAUACUUUAAAGAAACAUUUCCCAAUGGCACAGGAUGGAUCUAUAAUGUUGUUCCGUGGCUAACUGCAAUUCCAUCAGCUCUAUGUGGAGGUUAUGUGUCAGAUUUCCUAAUUAGCCAAGGAUACAGUGUAGGAUAUGUAAGAAAGUUUAUGCAGAGUGUUGCCAUGGGUGUGUCGAGCCUUUUCAUUAUGCUCCUGUCUAGUACUGCCAGCUUUCACUCUGCAGUGAUUUUCAUCUCUGUCGCUGUUGGGGCGACUACCUUUUCCAGUGGUGGUGUGUCUGUGAAUGUUCAAGAUCUGGCGCCGUCAUGUGCUGGUGCCCUCUUCGGUUUUAUGAAUAUGAUGGGUGCUCUCAUGGGGGUGGUGAUGGUCUCUUUGUCGGGUUACCUAAUUGAGGUGACGUUGACGUGGGCCAUGGUCUUCUCCCUCAUCACCUUAGUAAAUACUACCGGUCUUUGCAUCUACCUCCUAUUUGGAGAUGCUCAUCGAGUUGACCUGGAGGUUUACAGCCCAGUCAGGGUGAUUUGACCCACACCUUUUGUCACAUGUGACAAAGACUUACACAUUUUUACAAAGAAAUGUUUACAUUUAUAUAUUUUUAAAAUUUUUUUGUCAUAUUACAGUAGAUAUCUUACUUGAUUCAAGACAUGAAAUCUGUUAUUUUUCCUGAUUGUGCACUUAAUAAUGCUAUAUAUAAUCAGUUUUUUGUGUGGGAAGAGAAAUGGGAAAAACUCAUGUACAAGAAAAGAUAAGAUAAGAUAAGAUAAGAUAAGAUAAGAUAAGAUAAGAUAUUCCUUUACUAGUCCCACAAGGGGAAAUUCCAAAUGUGUGAUGUUUUGUGUCUUAUUGUACAAUUUGUUAAUAAGAACUUCAGGUUCUCCCUAUAUAUUUAAAACAGCUGUUUAAACAUAUUUAUAAAAACAUUACUGUAAAUAUUUAUUGCAAUGAACAGUUUAUAGAAAGUGAUUUAAUGUGUGGUUUUGUUCAGUUUGACAGUUGUUACACUUGUGUCAGUGUUGUGGUUUUCAUACAACAGUGUUAAUAAGCUACACAAAAAAGUCUGUUUUUCUAAGUACUGUGGUUUUCACAGGUGCUGAAAUGGUUUGUCAAAAUCGUCUCAUAUAUAAUUAAAUUGCAUUUAUUUACAGCCUCAUUUCACUUGGGUUCAUGUGAGAUUUGAGUGAAACAACCGAGUUGUACACCAUGGACCAAAAAUAGUUUAAAAGCGAAAAAAAAAAUUGUGUUUUACAUGAGUGUGUUUGCAGCUGGAGGGAAGACUGAUCAUAGUCAGUCAUGGUGUGUUAAACAGUUGGUUAGAGGAAAUGUUAAUACGUCUUCCUUUAGAAGAAGUAAAUUCUAAAGGGGAAAAAACAUAGGUCUGACACUGUCUGGGGAUCAUUUAUUGGCUUUGUGAAAUAUGCUGCACGGACAAAAAAAAGUCCCACCUGGACUUAACUAAGCAAAUAGUUCAGAUCCUUCCACUGAACAGUUACUGCAGCAAUUACAAUGUUUCUGCUACAAUUUGUUCCUUUACUCAAACUGAUGCAGUGAGGAGCUUCUCAUUUCUUCUAAUAUAAGAUCUUGGUGAAGAAUGAAUGAAACUAUGGUUACAAACAAAUGUUGUGGUAUUUAUUGUGACAUUGCACGAGUGAAUGUGUCCAAUUAUGGAAGUUAAAUAUGGUCCAAAGAAGUAUUAUGUAUGACUUAUAAUGUGUGGCUAAUAGUAAUAAAAGUAAUUUAUUAAUUUGUUAGAGUGUUAU